GCGCUGCACUUGGAGAGUCUACGGGGGCGGAGGGGUUGGGGAUGCCUUGUGGAUCCCGCCGUCAAGACACAGUCGCACAAGCUAGUACGAGGGUUGUUCUGGUGAGGAAGGGAGGUGGCUCUGUCACCAUCGAGGAGGAUGAUCCUGAGACGGCACCGCCAGUGCAGGAGGAGGAUGAGGACUAUGAGGGUGAGGAGGAGAGUGAGGAGGAGGAGAGCGAGAGCGGCGAUAGUGGUGACGACGACGACGACGAUGAUGAGGCCCCACCUCCCCCACCGAUGCGUGCAUCGAGACGCUCCGCUGUGCAGACGUCUUCAUCCGCACAAGGGAAGAGGAGGCCGACAUCCAGCACUCAAGAGGGUACGAGGAGGCAGAGCGGGAAGGGGAAGAGGGGUCAGUGGCCGUGAGGCCAACACUCCGUUUUCCCCUACUUGCACGCGACUUUAUCAUAUUCUAUGCUCCUGGUUUUUGGUCAUGCUGUUUUAUCUAGUAUUGUCAGGUAGUCAUUGGUAGUGUGUGUGUUGUAGUUGUUGUUGUUUUCUUCAUUUGUUGUGUGUUUGAUUCUGGUAUGAGUAGGGCGUCUGUAAAGUAGCGUUGGUUGUAGUAGAGUAUCUCGCCACCGUCGACACAACUUGUACAGUACUGUUUUUCUAUUUUUUAGUAUGUGGCAGUGUGGCACUAGUGGCGUAGUAGUAGGAUACAUUGUAUCAUGUUACAUUUUUCAUGUGUGAUUUCAGUGUCUGGUACUUCGCGGCUUUUCAGGUC